GCCCUAUCCCCAGACCACGCAAAAGCAACGAAUGAUCCCAAACCCAUUUUUGGUAGCUAAAGAUAUCCGUGGUUCUCCUCCGGCCUGGCAGUUGGCACAACGAAGAGGAGGGUUAGUUUGGUCAUUUCUUAACUAAUUAAUUAUAAUUAAGAUUCUAACCCGAAUUAGGGAGGUUAAUUAAAUAUAUCUCCAUGGCCUACAUUUUAAUGCCUGCAUCCAUCAUACACUCAAUCUCAAUCUCGCGCUUCGGAAAACCAAUUCUGUCCUUCCCUCCUUCCUAUAAGAUACGCCGGAAACCGGCCCCUCCCGGCGCCGGAGCCUUCAAGCGGAGUCGACAGUCGCCGCGGCCUCCGCCGCCUUGCCGGGACCCGCCGAAAGACAUGUCCGUCGCUGUUCCAAUGUCGCAAAUGGACGUGGAUGACGAGUCUUUGCCCAAUUCUCGGAGUAGUAAUGACAGGGAAGGAAUGGUCUCGUACAGUGGUAGAACUACAGCUCAUAAGAAGAAAUAUUACCCAGGCACCAUUAAAAUUUUUGGGGUGGAUCUAUCUCCAGAUAAUGUGGCUGUCGCCAUGGUUUAUUUUGUUCAAGGGGUUUUAGGCCUUGCAAGACUUGCUGUCAGUUUUUACUUAAAGGAUGACCUACACCUAGAUCCUGCAGAGACAGCUGUAGUAUCUGGCUUCUCCGCCUUUCCAUGGCUUGUCAAACCUUUAUAUGGGUUUAUCAGUGAUUCUGUUCCACUUUUUGGUUAUCGAAGAAGAUCGUACUUGAUUUUAUCAGGACUGCUUGGUGCACUUUCAUGGACUUUAAUGGCCACACUUGUCGACAGCAAGUAUGGUGCCGCUUUCUGUAUACUCCUUGGAUCUCUUUCUGUAGCAUUCUCAGAUGUUGUUGUAGAUUCCAUGGUAGUUGAGAGGGCUCGUGGUGAAUCACAAAGUAUGUCAGGAUCUCUUCAGUCCUUAUGUUGGGGGUCUUCGGCUUUUGGUGGAAUAGUGAGUUCCUACUUUAGUGGUUCACUGGUGGAUGCAUAUGGUGUAAGGUUUGUUUUUGGAGUUACAUCUUUGUUGCCAUUGAUAACAUCUAUGGUGGCAGUUCUUGUAAAAGAGCAGCCUGUGAGAGGGAUAAAUCAUUCUUCAGCUAACUAUGAUUUUCUUCGGAGCUCAAGACAGCACGUUGUUGAAUUGUGGGACGCUGUUAGUCAACGAAAUGUGCUUCUUCCAACUUUAUUUAUUUUCUUGUGGCAGGCAACACCACAAUCAGAUUCUGCCAUGUUUUUCUUUACAACAAAUAAACUCGGAUUCACUCCUGAAUUUCUAGGGCGCAUCAAGCUUGUUACAUCCAUAGCAUCACUUGUAGGCGUUGGGCUUUAUAAUGGAUUUCUCAAGAAAGUCCCUCUAAGGAAAAUUUUUCUAGGAACCACCAUUUUUGGCUGUGCACUUGGAAUGAGUCAGGUUCUCCUUGUAACGGGGUUAAAUCGCGAGUGGGGUAUAAGUGAUGAGUGGUUUGCGAUUGGGGAUUCGUUGAUUAUAACGGUACUUGGCCAGGCGUCUUUCAUGCCUGUCCUUGUGCUAGCAGCAAAGUUAUGUCCAGAAGGAAUGGAAGCCACACUCUUUGCAACCCUCAUGUCCAUAUCAAAUGGAGGGAGUCUGCUCGGCGGCCUGAUUGGUGCCGGUUUGACACAACUGUUUGGCGUCACCAAAGACUCAUUCGAUAACCUGUCCACCUUGAUAAUCCUGUGCAACCUGAGCUCACUGUUGCCUUUGCCAUUGCUUCGCCUCCUUCCCCAGGAAACUCCAGACUCAAACUCAGAGACUAUAGACAUGGAGUUGAAGUCCAACUGAAACUUGGUAGUUACUUCCAAAAGCAAAACUGUAAUGGCUGUUUUAAGCAUUAGCAAAAUUUUUCUUCGAGGGAGAUUGAUGCUGUAAAUGAUGAUUGGAAUUUAGGAGGUGAAAGGGGUCUUGAACUACAGACAUCUAUCUCUUACAGAGUAACAAUAGAGGAUGAAACGGAGACCCGUAAAUGGGGCCCACCCCCUAAUCCAUAAUGGAGCCAAUCAUGUGGCGAGCUAACUGUAUUUUCCACGUGGGUGGGCCCUACUAACUCCCUUCACUUAUCCAAUCUGUGCCCCCAUUUUUGGGAUGGAAGUUUGAUCUAUCUGGGAAAAAAAUAAUUGGAGCCAGGGCAUACCACCCGCCACACGAGCAUGUUAUUGCUCGUCUCGUUAUUGUGAUACCCUCUCUAGUCCUUACCACUGUACAAUAUUAAUUACUUUUUAUGAUGGUAUCAGUUUAUAUUUAGACCCGUUAAACAA